CAAGGGAUUGCGGAGAGAGAGGGAGGCCCGGAGAGCGACGCUUAUUCGCCGCCCCUCCCCCAUCCGCCGUCCUCCAGCGCUGGGAUGCUGCCGCUGCUGCCGCCGCUGCCAUCACCGCGAGAUGCGCGUCAAACGGGCAUCAUCAUCAGCAUGUAGAUCCACAUCUCUCCUUCACCCAUCACUCUGUCCAACAGCGCCAAAAAUAACAGCAACGAUGUGACCAAAACGACCCUCCUUUACGUCCCCGACAGCACAACACGCCGUUUCCAACCGAUUAAUUAAUGCGGACAUGGUACAAUCUCAUCUGCAUCAUUCAGGUUUCCGUUCGCAGAAGAUGAAGUGCUCACCGCCGUCUGCCGCCUCCUGCACCCGUCAUUUGAUUCCUAUUCUGCACCGAUGCGCAUUUGGAAAAGCGUAAAGGUCAAAUGAUGUGACUUUCAUUUAUUUUAUCUCCAUGAUGGGCAUGAUUUGAGGAUAAAUCACUGUGUGAAUCAUUGCGACUUUUGCUGCCUUUUUUCGACUCCACGUCAAAUGUCCUUGGAACAUGGCCUGCGCGGUUUCUUACAGAUAUUAUUCCUGUGUCAAUAGAUCCCCUUUAUUUUGUAAUAAUCAGUAACAUCAUUUGAUCUUCAUAGAGAUGGAUUGGCACAAUGGCUACCACUUUACUUGUUGACUUUUCCUUUAUGGGGGGAUAUUUCAGAGCAACCCCAGCCACCACACCCUAGAACAGAAAAUCCCAAACAAUUCAUGUCUCACAAUGGAGAACUACACACAGAACAUCUUACAAAUAGGUAAGAAGGAAAACAAAUAGGACAAAAGAAAACAUCUUCACAGGUGAACAUCUUUUAGCUAAACGCCUCUGCUAAAAAAAGCUACCAGUCUUCCACCACCAACACAGCACCAUGGGGGAUCUGGGCAAUAGCACAGUAGAGUUCCACCCUAAAAAGCCAGGAAUGGACCAGGGAGGCCAUGAUGGGGAUUUUGGGGUGUCGGUGGAUGAGUUGUGCUCACUGAUGGAGCUCAGGGGAGCCGAGGCCCUGCAGAAGAUCCAGGAGAACUACACAAAUACAGAAACCCUUUGUCACAGACUCAAGACUUCACCUGCAGAUGGGCUAUCGGACAAUCCUGCGGAUCUGGAGAAACGUCGAAAGGUUUUUGGAAUGAACUUCAUCCCUCCUAAGCAGCCCAAGACCUUCCUUGAGCUUGUGUGGGAGGCUCUACAGGAUAUUACCCUCAUAAUCCUGGAAAUAGCGGCCAUUAUUUCCCUCGGACUGUCCUUUUACCAGCCGCCAGGAGGGGACAGUGAAGCAUGUGUUGAAGUGAGUGAAGGUGCGGAGGACGAGGGAGAGGCGGAUGCCAACUGGAUUGAGGGUGCAGCUAUCCUGCUAUCGGUGAUCUGCGUGGUGCUGGUGACUGCCUUCAAUGACUGGAGCAAAGAAAAGCAGUUUCGUGGCUUGCAGAGCCGCAUCGAACAGGAGCAACGUUUCGCUGUGGUGCGCAACAGCACGGUCAUUCAAAUCCCUGUGGCUGAGAUGGUGGUGGGGGAUAUUGCCCAGGUCAAAUAUGGCGACCUCCUGCCUGCGGAUGGUGUUCUCAUCCAAGGGAACGACCUAAAGAUCGAUGAGAGCUCCCUCACUGGAGAGUCUGAUCACGUACGCAAAUCCAUUGACAAGGAUCCCAUGCUGCUGUCAGGCACUCAUGUAAUGGAGGGGUCAGGGAAAAUGUUGGUGACUGCAGUUGGCGUCAACUCUCAAACGGGAAUCAUUUUCACCCUACUGGGGGCCGGAGAAAUGGAGGAGGAGAAGAAAGACUGCAAGAAAGAGGUCAAUAGUAAUUCAUCCACGCAGUUCCCCAGUGUUGAAGCCAAAGAACACAACAUCAUAAAUGGGAAACAAGAUGGAACCCUGGAGAACAACCAAAAUAAAGCUAAGAAACAGGAUGAGGCUGUUGCCAUGGAGAUGCAGCCUCUGAAGAGUGCAGAAGGUGGUGAAGUGGAGGAGAAAGAGAAGAAAAAAGCCAGUGUGCCCAAGAAGGAGAAAUCCGUUCUUCAGGGCAAACUCACCAAGCUGGCAGUGCAAAUUGGGAAAGCAGGUCUGGUGAUGUCGGCCAUCACUGUGAUUAUCUUGAUGCUGUACUUUGUGAUUAAAACGUUCAUUGUUCAUAAACAGCCAUGGCUGACAGAGUGCACACCGAUCUACGUGCAAUACUUUGUCAAGUUCUUCAUCAUUGGAGUUACAGUUCUGGUAGUGGCAGUGCCUGAGGGUCUGCCGCUGGCUGUCACCAUAUCACUGGCCUACUCCGUAAAAAAAAUGAUGAAGGAUAAUAACCUUGUGCGUCAUUUGGAUGCCUGUGAGACUAUGGGCAAUGCCACGGCUAUUUGCUCUGAUAAAACAGGGACCCUCACCACUAACCGGAUGACAGUAGUCCAGAUUUAUAUAGGGGACCAGCUCUUUCGGGACAUCCCAACGCCAGACCAGAUUAACCCAAGGACUUUGGAGCUCAUCAGCAGCGCUAUUGCUGUGAACUGCGCCUACACCUCCAAAAUAAUGCCUGCUGAUAAGGAAGGUGGGCUGCCCAAACAGGUGGGUAAUAAGACAGAGUGUGCUCUGCUGGGACUCGUCCUGGACCUGAAGCAGGACUACCAAGCUGUGAGAGAGCAGAUCCCAGAGGAGUUACUCUAUAAAGUCUACACCUUUAAUUCAGUCCGAAAAUCCAUGAGCACCGUCAUUCAGAUGCCUGAUGGAAGCUUCCGCUUGUACAGCAAAGGAGCCUCUGAGAUCCUGCUCAAAAAAUGCUCGUUCAUUUUAUCGCGUGACGGCGAGGCUCGUGCUUUUAGGGCACGGGACAAAGACGAAAUGGUAAAGAAAGUGAUUGAGCCGAUGGCAUGUGAUGGCCUUCGUACGAUUUGCAUUGCAUACCGGGAGCUGCCAGCUGACCCCCUGCCAGACUGGGACAAUGAGACCGACAUCGUCUCCAACCUUACCUGCAUCACUGUGGUCGGCAUUGAAGACCCUGUUCGACCAGAGGUCCCAGAUGCCAUCAGAAAGUGCCAGCGAGCAGGCAUCACUGUGCGUAUGGUGACGGGUGACAAUAUAAACACUGCACGUGCCAUUGCUGCCAAGUGUGGCAUCAUCCAUCCUGGCGACGACUUCCUGUGUAUGGAAGGAAAGGACUUCAAUAGGCGCAUCAGGAAUGAGAAGGGAGAGAUUGAGCAGGAGCGCAUUGAUAAAAUUUGGCCCAAGCUCAGAGUUCUUGCUCGCUCCUCCCCGACUGACAAACACACUCUAGUUAAAGGUAUUAUAGACAGCACUGUUGUGGAACAAAGGCAGGUGGUUGCAGUCACUGGUGACGGCACAAAUGAUGGGCCUGCCCUGAAGAAAGCUGAUGUGGGGUUUGCAAUGGGCAUUGCUGGUACAGAUGUGGCCAAGGAGGCGUCUGACAUCAUCCUGACCGAUGAUAACUUCUCCAGCAUAGUGAAGGCUGUGAUGUGGGGACGAAACGUGUAUGACAGCAUCUCCAAGUUUCUGCAGUUCCAGCUCACAGUGAAUGUGGUGGCUGUUAUAGUAGCCUUCACCGGCGCCUGCAUCACACAGGAUUCACCCCUGAAAGCUGUGCAGAUGCUUUGGGUCAAUCUGAUCAUGGACACAUUUGCUUCUCUUGCUCUUGCUACGGAGCCGCCAACGGAAGCUCUGCUCCUGAGGAAGCCUUAUGGCCGAAACAACCCUCUCAUCUCCAGAACGAUGAUGAAGAACAUCCUUGGACAUGCCGUCUACCAGCUCGUCAUCAUCUUUACCUUGCUCUUCGCCGGUGAGAGGAUCUUUGACAUUGACAGCGGCCGUGAUGCUCCGCUUCACUCUCCUCCAUCUGAGCACUACACCAUCAUCUUUAACACGUUUGUCCUCAUGCAACUCUUCAACGAGAUCAAUGCCCGUAAGAUUCACGGAGAGAGGAACGUGUUCGAUGGGAUAUUCUCAAACCCCAUAUUCUGUUCGAUCGUGCUGGGUACAUUUGCAAUACAGAUCGUGAUUGUUCAGUUUGGAGGGAAGCCCUUCAGCUGUUCCCCCUUAAACGUGGAGCAGUGGCUCUGGUGUCUGUUUGUGGGAAUGGGAGAGCUGCUCUGGGGUCAGUUGAUUUCUUCAGUGCCAACGCAUCAGCUGAAGUGUCUGAAAGAAGCGGGCCACGGGCCGGCUCCAGACGAGAUGCUGGAUGAAGAUCUGGCCGAGGACGAGGAGGAGAUUGAUUAUGCUGAGAGAGAGCUGAGACGAGGACAGAUCCUGUGGUUUAGAGGACUCAACCGCAUUCAGACUCAGAUGGAGGUAGUGAGUACCUUCAAGAGAAGUGGUUCGUUUCAGGGUGCAGUGAGACGCCGCUCUUCAGUGCUCAGCCAACUCCAUGACGUAACCAAUAAUUCUACUCCCUCUCACGUAGUUCUCUCCACUGCCAAUGCAACUGGUGCCCCCGGGAGUGAGUCCUUACAUUCCGUUAACGGCACCUCGUAGAGCCCGUGCACUCAGAUGCCUAGCAUAUACACCAACACACACAUGCAUUGUUGCCUGCCUUCAAACGCAACUCGUCUGCUGAAUGUUGAGUGUGUGUGUGUGUGUGUGUGAGAGAGAGCAGAUUUUAACGGAAGCAUCUGCCUCAUCUCUCUACAUGUGCAUUUUCAGUUUGUUUUGCUUAUUUAUUUGUGGCCUUUCUAUCUUUCUUUCUUCCUUCCUUGCUACCUCAUAACUUAUUUCUUGCUCUCGCUGUUUAUUCUUGGUUAGUGCUGCCAAGAUGGAAUUUUCUUUUUCUUCUUGCCUUUUUUUGUUUGUUUGUUUAAAUCCCCCCCCCUCCCUCCACUGUUGCUUGAUUUGCCAGUAAUUCAUCCUCAAAUCAAUGUUGCCAUAAAGGGCUACCAGAAUUUCUCUCGAAAGAGCCAAAUAACAAUUGGGAAAUUGUUUCAUCUAAAUCAAAAGCUGACAACAUGGGAACAACCGAAGCCAAUGUUGACUGUUGUAAACCUGCGAGUAUAAGCCCAUAAUGGUUUUCAUAGUAGGGAUAUAUUAGCAUUGAUAGUGCUAACGUUUUUCUAUCCCGUUCAGGAAAACAUAAAGCAUACUUGUGUGUUUGCUUGAACUGUUUUUGUGCACCUUGUUCAGACUCUCCUCUUUCUCUUCACAGGUUUUACUGAAAUGUCCUGCUAAUUGUUUCUGCUUGAGUUUCUAUACAUUAGAAAUCUGCUGCUAUGAUUUACUGUCUGUAGCUUUGGUCUUCUUGAAAGUCAAGAGAUUUGUUUAUGAGGGUUUAAUGCACCAAAUAUAACGUCAACGUUGCCCUCCAGGUUCCAGAAGCGAUCUUUUCUGUGGUCGAAAGAAAGCAGCUGCGUCUUAGCAUUUCCAAAUCCCUUCAAAGAGACCACCGAGCAUUAGCCCAGCUGGAACCCCCUCAGUUUCAUCAUCACUUCCCCUUCAGUGUUAAUCUUCAGUUCCUUUUAUUUACGAACAUUCGACGAAAGUACGGCUUUAUAUUUUGUCCCUUUUUUUAAUCCAAUGGGUUUUUGUCUCGUCUUGUCCUGUCAGUUUUGUCCAGUUUUUCUUUUCACGUUUGUCUUCGUUUCAUCGUCGUAUAGCAUUUUGUGCUAUGCUAGCUUAAAUCCGACAGAGAUAGGAAGAUCCAGUUAAAUGACUGCAUUAAAUAACUAUAUUUUUAUAGUAAUAGUUUUACCAAAAUAAAAAAGAAACAAAGUUGCUGAUGCUGCACAAGAGGGCUGCUUCUCAAAAGCUUUUGUUAGGCCGUCAUGCCUCAACAAAAGAAAGUGUGCUGUAGAUUUAGACCUCCAUCCAUCCAUCAAACGUCUGUCUUUCACCUGCCUUCUCCUGCCGUCUGUCUUGAGGAGUCCCGAUGUGAUGUGUUUGGAGCUAUUCAAACACAAUCCCUUUUCUGUUUUUCCAUCCAGUGCCUGAAUCUCGAAAGACUUUCUGAUUUCUUCACUGGAGUUAAUUCAUAACGGGGUUUUUUUUCCUGUUCAAUAUCAUCCCCAUCGUGAAUUCUGGGCCUUAUACUCGAAAGUUUACAAUGUCAGUGCUGUGUAUAGCUAAGAAAACGGCUUUUAAAUUAAGCAGGAACCACUAAACGAAUGGCUCUUUGGAAAAACAAAGCCGCAGGAGCGCUGUUGUGUCCAUGUUGUGUAGUCUUUCCCUCUGUCAGUCACAUUGCUUUGUGGUCAUUCCUGAGCGUGGUUUGGCUAUGCAUGCAGUAUGUGGAGAACGGGGGACGAAAAAAGAAAGGCACAGAUGAAUGUGGACAUGCAUGGUCACACACACGAACGGUUUCUUUUCAAGAAGAUGCAUUUCACCCUGGCUGCUGUAGAAUCACACGUGAUGAGAACGAGGAUGUCAGAAAAAAAAGGAAUAUGGACCGAUUUGAUCGAUGUUUAUACAGAGUUAUUUCUACUGAAUGUGUACUUGCAUGCCAUGCAUGAACGGGAAGAGGAAACUUGAAUUUUUGUGCAUGGUUGCAUGGGAGAAAAGUCCCAUUUAAUGUGUGCAUAUCCUUUUGAGGGCAUAGAGAGUUUUAGUUUUUCAUUAUCUCCAAAAAGAGGCAGUCAUGAUCUUCUAAAUGUCCUCAUAUUAGAGUGAGCUAAUAUAAUCCAAGACACUUUGCUUUCUUUUUUUCAUUGAUUUAAUACAAAGCUUACCGAGAUACAGAACCCUAUAAAUGUAACAUAGAAAACUGAUGUCAGAACAAUAAAUACUGCUUGCAGUCACUAAUGCAA